GCAUCUCUGUAAUCACCCGGUGGUCCCUGAACGCAGCACUUUCUGCAGAGUACAUUUGUGCGUUUCUUCAAGCGGCGUCUGAAACCGGACUGCGACGCGAAAUGCCGGCGGAUUUGAGCCCGUGGAGCGGCCCUCUCGCCCUGCAGGAGGUCGACGAGAAGCCGGCAGAGCCCCUGACCGUUAAAUACGACUCCGUGGAAGUGGACGAGCUCGGCAAAGUGCUCACGCCGACACAGGUGCAGAGUCGACCCACCUGUGUCGAGUGGGCAGGAUGCGACUCCAGUAAGCUGUACACUUUGGCCCUGACCGACCCCGAUGCUCCCAGCAGGAAGGACCCCAAAUUCAGGGAGUGGCACCACUUUCUGGUGGUCAACAUGAAGGGGAACGACGUGUCCUCCGGCUGCGUCGUCUCGGACUACGUGGGCUCUGGUCCUCCCAAGGGAACAGGUCUCCACCGGUACGUGUGGCUGGUGUACGAGCAGCCGGGCAGCCUGUCCUGCACCGAGACCGUCCUCACAAACCGGUCUGGAGGCGGCCGCGGCGAGUUCAGGAUCCAGAGCUUCAGGCAGAAGUACAGCCUGGGAGCCCCGGUGGCCGGGACCUGCUACCAGGCCGAGUGGGACGACUACGUUCCCAAACUGUACGAGCAGCUCGCCGGGAAAUAAAAACGGAGGAAAUCCCACCGAGGCUAAAAAAAAACAAAAACACAACAAAGCUUUUAUUAUUUUUUUAAAUAAGUGUGGCACUGUUGCCUUCCAUAGAGGUGACGAAAAUAUAUCUGCUCCUCUCGAUGAUGUCACCCACACUCGUCUGCAAUAAACGGGUUGAAACACCGAAA